AUGAUUGGUUUACGAGCUUUAUCUUUUCUCGGAAUCACUUUUCUUCUUUCCUUGGAAGACAAAAUCUCAACUCCCGUUUGCAAUAAUCCCGUUGCGGAAGCUGAUUCCCUAAAGGUCAUGAUGGUUGCUGACCUUCUUCUUUUAGGCUCUGAAGCUGGUUACAUUAACCGCUUCUUCACAGAUCACUACAUGUCCAAAAUCUUCCGGAAAUCUUUUGAAAAUUUGAAGCCUGAUUUGCUUAUUGUCUUGGGGGAUGUUUCUGCAAAAGGUUCCAAGUUAACGAAAACCAAAUGGCUGUCGAUACUCCAUCAGGUUUAUCAAAUGGUGGGGCCCUUUGUUGAUCUUCCAUUCCACGCAACUCUCGGUGACAGGGAUAUUGGAGAAUGCAGUGAUCUUAAUGUGAGUAAAGUCAAUUGGAUUUCUUGCAAGGUACCGGAAUUGGAUCGUUCUGGUUGUGGUGCAUUUGUGAUUGGUAACGUCAGUUUUGUUUCACUGAAUUCUGUGGCCUUGCUUUGCGACAACAGUAGUUUACGUUUUGAUGUUGAAAAAGUAAUAGAGAGCGAAAGUCUAGAACUUCGUGAGUUAACUGAUGCAGCAACAACAAAAACAAGAAAUCAUUCCAUGCAUUCUACAGAUGCAAACUAUAACUUUUUCUUGAGGGAAAGCACCCUGUCAUCUGGAUCAGGCCCUGUCCUUCUGCUGCACUUAACGUUGGACCGAACCAGAACCAAGCGCUUUGGUGGCACUGAAAGUCUUGAAAGAUCUUCUAGCUCUUUUAUAGAGCGGUUAAAUGUGGUGCCAAAAAACAGAGGUUUUAAGACACAACUCACAGACAUUUUAUUGAUCGUAUCAGUAACCACCAUUGCUGAUGAUGUUUACAUUCGACCUCAGCCUCGAAAAACCUUGCAUCUUCCAUGGGAUUCAAAACGCUCUUCUUAUCCCCAGCAGGUACACGUUUCUUUGGCAGGAGACAAACACAUGAGAAUUACCUGGAUCACUGAUGACAAAUCUGCACCUUCAGUUGUCGAAUAUGGAACAUUGCCGGGUAAAUACGAUUAUGUAGCGGAAGGAGAGACAACCUCUUACAGUUAUAUUUUCUAUAGCUCAGGAAAGAUACACCAUACAGUAAUAGGCCCUUUAGAGCCGAGUUCUGUUUACUUUUACCGAUGCGGUGGACAAGGUCCUAAGUUCCAGCUCAAAACACCUCCAACUCAAUUUCCGAUUUCCUUUGCUGUGGCAGGAGAUCUUGGCCAAACGGGUUGA